UCUUCACUGAAGGCUGCUUUUGUCUCCUUCUCCAGCAAACACACCAGAUACAUGGAAGCAGAAAACCAGACAGAAGUAUCAGUAUUCCUCCUCCGGGGUCUCUCAGAUGAUCCAGAACUGCAGCCUCUCCUCUUUGGCAUGUUCCUAUCCAUGUAUCUGGUCACUGUGCUUGGCAACCUGCUCGUCAUCCUGGCUGUCAGCUCUGACUCUCACCUCCACACCCCCAUGUACUUCUUCCUCUCCAACCUGUCCUUUGUUGACAUUUGUUUCAUCUCCACCACUGUCCCAAAGAUGCUGGUGAACAUCCAGGAAUGCAGCAAAGGCAUUUCCUAUCUAGAAUGCCUCAUUCAAGUGUAUUUUUUUAUGAUUUUUGCUGGAAUGGACGAUUUCCUCCUGACUGUGAUGGCCUAUGACCGGUUUGUGGCCAUCUGCCACCCCCUACACUACACAGUCAUCAUGAACCCACGACUCUGUGUCCUCCUGGUUCUGGGUUGUUGGCUCACCCUUUUCUGGGUCUCCUUGAUUCAUAUUCUACUGGUGAGGCGGCUGGCCUUCUGUACAGGCACUGAAAUUCCACAUUUCUUCUGUGAACUGGCUCAGAUUCUCCAGGUAGCCUGCUCUGACACUCGUAUCAAUAACAUCUGCUUGUAUGUUGCCACUGCACUGCUGUGUGUGUUUCCUCUCACUGGGAUCCUCUUCUCAUACUCUCAGAUUGUCUCCUCCUUAAUGAGGAUGUCGUCCAGUGAGGGCAAGUAUAAAGCAUUUUCCACCUGUGGGUCUCACCUCUCUGUGGUCAGUCUGUUCUAUGGGACAAGCCUGGGGGUCUACCUCACUUCUGCUGUGACCCAUUCUUCCCAGAGAAGUUCGAUUGCCUCAGUGAUGUACACUGUGGUGACCCCCAUGUUGAACCCCUUCAUCUACAGCUUGAGGAACAAGGAUGUGAAGGGGGCCCUGCAAAGAUUCCUCAGCAGAGCAACCUCAUGGCCAUGAUGGGCCACUAGCUUUGAAGCCACAUGGACAUUGUAGGUCCCAAAAGCAAAUGUGAGAUUAAAUCUGUCUCUUUUUCUCCUCUAAUGAACAUGUUUGAUUUAUUCUAUUCCCAAAGCACCCAUGACUUCCCUUCUGUUUGUUUUUGUAUUAGUCUCUCCUCAACAACUCCUCCAUAAAACCUUUUGGACUUUGCUUCUCCAUAUGCUGUCGAUAAAUUUCCAUGUUUGAUCAGCUUUCUUGCAGCCAUUCUUAAGAUUUCUAACUUCAGGCUUGAAGGACUUGUCAUAUCAAACGUUGCUGUGUUUGCUGCAAGAAUAAUGCUCUAAAAUGUUGAUGUUCUUCACCUCAAUUUUUUUUAAUUGGUGAAAAAACUUAUAUUUAGCCAGCUGGACUUAGUUUAUUUUUUUAAUUUUUUUAAUGUUUAUUUAUUUUUGAGAGACAGAGCACAAGCGGGGGAGGGGCAGAGAG